AUGAAUUCAUCAUCUUCUUCUUCUCCUCCUUUUGCUGCCCCCCUUCAAGAAAAGUAUGAUGUGUUUCUUAGUUUCAGAGGUGAAGACACACGCGAUACUUUUACCAGUCAUCUUCACGCGGCUUUACUUCGGAAGAAAAUUGACACCUACAUGGAUUGCAGACUGGAGAAAGGAGACGACAUUAAACCUGCCCUUCUGGAAGCAAUCAAGAAAUCAAAGAUUUCAGUAGUCAUUUUCUCAGAAAACUAUGCUUCUUCCACAUGGUGUUUGAAAGAACUUGAGCAUAUACUGGGAUGCAAGGAAAGAUAUGGACAAAUUGUUAUACCCAUUUUUUAUGGCAUAGAUCCAUCACAUGUACGAAAACAGCAGGGAACUUAUACACUUGAAGGUCUUCAACCUAAGAAACGUUUUAAGGGCAGUAGGGAUGAGGUGGUCAACUGGAGGGCUGCUCUGGAGAAAGCAGCCAAUAUGUCUGGGUGUCAUCAUUCAAGCAAAACAGGGACAGCAGCCGAUUUUGUAGAGAAAGUUGUCCAAGAUAUUUGA